UUGGCGUUCUCUCUCUCUCUAGUUUCUUAUAUAUAAAAUCUUCACAAUAACGUUUGUUUAGUAUCCAUUACUUUAACUUUUUGUUUUCAAUCUGUCUUCUGAUCUCAGACGUCCAUGGAACCUCAGCUCACUGCUCCUAACCAGUUCAAGGAGACUUGGAAACACACACUUCUUUUGUCAUUUCAGAGCCUUGGAGUAAUAUAUGGUCAAAUGAGUACUGCUCCCUUGUACGUCUUCGGGACAUUGACUGCAGGCGAUAUCCCAUCAGAGGAUACCGUUUAUGAACUAUUCUCCUUCAUUUUCUGGACUAUUAACUUCAUUUCUUUACUCAAGUAUGCAUUUAUAGUAUUAACAGCUGAUGACAACGGAGAAGGUGGUACUUUUGCUUUGUAUUCACUUCUGUGUAGGCAUGCCAAAGUUGGUUUGCUUCCAAAUGAAAGUAGUGCUAAUGACGUUAUGCAUUAUGAGACGGGAAGUCCUUUCAAGAUAAAGGCAGAAUCAAGGGCUCGAAGAGCCAUAGAAAAACUUAGAUGUAGCCAUUAUUUGAUGCUGUUCCUGGCUCUUUUCGGUUGCUGCAUGACAAUUUGCAUUGGGGUGCUUACCCCAACUCUUUCUGUCUAUUCAGUUUCAUCUGGAAUUCAAAGAUCAUUGUCGGAUAUUUCACACAGAAAUGUCCCGGUUUCCACUGCAUCUGCUAUAUUGGUGUGCCUCUUCACACUACAGCACUACGGGACUCGUAAAAUUGGGUUUAUUUUUGCUCCAAUUGUCGUCGUUUGGCUGUUCUUUAUUGGUGGAGGGGGUGUAUAUAACAUUUUCCACUGGAACAAAGAAAUUCUCCUUGCUACAUCCCCCAUGUACAUGUACAGAUUUUUCAGGAAUAUUCACAUCAAAAGUUGGAGGUCAUUAGGCAGCAUUGCUUUAUGUGUAGCAGGAUCGGAAGCAAUGUUUACAUCUCUAGGUCAUUUCAGAAGGAAAUCAAUCAAGAUGACAUUUGUAUGCUUCAUAUAUCCAGUCCUUGUUUUAAGCUACGCCGGUCAGGCUGCAUAUAUCUCCAAAAACUUGGAUGUUAAAGAUUUCAAUCAUCUCAGUCAAUCCAUACCUAAACAAAUGCGCCACUGGUUUGUAGCAUUUUCCCUUCUUGCUUCUGUUGUGGGAAGCCAGGCAACCAUAACAGCAUGUUUCUCCAUUAUAAAUCAGUGCCUGGCACUUGGUUGUUUUCCGAGAGUAAAAGUUAUUCAUACAUCAGAUAAGAUACACGGGCAGGUCUACAUUCCUGAUAUCAACUGGCUAUUGAUGGUUCUAAGCCUCCUUGUUACGAUUGGUUUCCAUGAUAUUAUCAAAAUUGGUAGCGCGACAGGUUUGGCUGUAAGUUCUGGAAUGCUUGUAACGACUUGUCUCAUGUCACUCGUAAUUGCGCUAUACUGGGAGAAAAGUUUGUUUGAGUCCGUCUGCUGUCUAAUAUUCUUUGGAUCCAUUGAGGUGAUGUAUGUAUCGGCUUGUAUGUUGAAUUUUCACAAGGGAGCUUGGUAUUUUGUUGUCCUUUUGGCAUUGUCCUUGACUAUCAUGCUUUCAUGGCAUUACGGAACCAAGAAGAAGCUCGAAUUUGAUAUACAAAACAAGGUCUCUGCAGAAUGGCUUACAGGCAUUAGCCCCGGCCUAGGAGUUACUAGGGUACCCGGGAUUGGUUUCAUUUAUAGUGAUAUAGUGACAGGAAUUCCAGCUUUCUUCUCACACUUCAUUACCAAUCUUCCAGCGUUUCACCAAGUUCUGAUUUUCGUGUCCUUCAAGUCUCUGCCAAUGCCUUAUGUCCCUCCAAGUCGGAGGUAUCUUGUUGGCAGGGUUGGCCCGAGGAAUUUUAAGAUAUAUCGCUGUGUUGUGAGAUAUGGAUAUUGUGAUCCUAUUAGGGACACUGAUAAUUUUGAAGAACAGAUUAUUAGUUCGAUUGGUGAAUUCAUUUGCAUGGAAGAAAAUGAUUUUGAUUCCCAAAAUUCAUCCGAAGGAAGAAUGGUGGUUAUUGGAAAGCCACCAGCUGAUGGAACCGGAAGUGCUUUGAUUCCUUUGAAUGAUACUAAUUCAUAUGAGAUAGAGUGUGUAAGUAUGGCGAGCAACGAAACUCGGUCUCCAUUAGAUGAUGCAAUCGAGAGUGGUUUUGUGCCGGUGGUGAGAAAAAAAGUCCGGUUCAUGUUGCCUCCGAAUAGUCCGCAAAUGCACGUAUCUGUGAGGGAGGAGCUGCAAGAACUGAUUGAUGCUAGGGAGAGUGGGACUGCAUACUUCUUAGGGCAGGUGCAUUUAGCAGUGCGUGACGGAUCAGACAUUCUAAAGCGAUUGCUGAUCAUGACUUAUGUGUUUCUUGAUAAAAAUUGCAGAGAGCCUCCAGUUGCACUCAAUAUUCCUCAUGCUGCUCUUGUUGAGGUUGGCAUGGUCUGUUGCAUAUGAAUUGUAUUGCCAGACACCGUGCGGGCAGGGGAUCGAGCAACGAGUUGUACAGAGAGCGAGAGGAGAAAAGGAGGAGGACAGAAUCUGGGAUCGGAGGAGAUAUAAGAAACCAGUACUGCUAGUUUAAGUGCCUAACUUGUACUACAAGAUGUUAGGAGUAAAAUCUAUAGUCCAUAUAUGAACAAGUAUUUGUGGCCAGGAGUAAUGCUACGUGCAUGCCUUGCAUAUCCUUUAAGCGGUGGAUCGGGAAGAGUUCCUCUCCGGAUCUCUUCCACCAAAGCUAUCAAGUUCACUCAUUCGAAUUUUUAAAAUUUGAUUUAAUGAUUAUAAAUAGAAGGUCUCUGAAAAAGUUAUAGAUGAAAUUUCAAGAGUUUGAAUGAAUGAACUUAAUGACUUUGAUGGAAGAAAUCCGAAGAAGAUCUCUUUCCCGGUAGAUCACAUUCACCUGUUAAAUUAAUUUUCUUGAAGUAUUCAACGUGAUUGAUCACUGACAUUUUUACUUUCUGUAUAAGACCAAGUUAUUUAAUACCAAAUUAAAAUAGCUAAGAACCCAACAGGAUUCUUUCCGGAUCUUUUUGGUAAGGAUUC